AUGCGUGCCUCUAUUUUUCUCGCCGUCGCGGCCGGCGUCCUGUCCCCGGCGUAUGCUCAGGUCGUAGGCAAGGCGUUCGGAAUGGCCGCCGGCACGACCGGUGGCGGCAGCGCGACGCCGGCCGCCCCGGCCGACAUCAAGCAGCUCGCUGCAUGGCUCGCCGACAGCACGCCCCGUGUCAUCUUGAUCGACCGGGAAUUCAACUUCAUCGGCUCCGAGGGCACAGCGACCUCGGCCGGCUGUGAGAACAAGGACUGCCCCGUAUCCAAGGGCGGCCAGGACUACAUUGGAACGCUUUCAUGCGGCGACACAGCCAGGAUGAACCCCAUUGCCUCGGUCAAGUACGACACUGCCGGCACAAAGCCCAUGCCCGUCGGCAGCAACAAGUCCAUCAUCGGUGUCGGCAACAAGGGUGCCAUUGUCGGCAAGGGUCUGCGCAUCAUCGGCUCGAAGAACAUCAUCAUCCAGAACAUUCACUUCACCAACAUCAACCCCAAGUCGGUGUGGGGCGGCGAUGCCCUGACGCUGGGCAACACGGACAACAUCUGGAUCGACCACAACAAGUUCUCCCUCGUCGGCCGCCAGUUCAUCGUCUCGGGCUGGGACGCCGCCGGCCGUGUCACCGUGUCGAACAACGAGUUUGACGGCGCGACCAAGUGGUCCGCCAGCUGCAACGGCCAGCACUAUUGGGCCCUCCUCUUCAUCGGCGCCAAGGACCUCUUCACCUUCUCGGGCAACUGGCUGCACGACAUCUCGGGCCGCGCGCCGCACUACGGCACCGACAAGAACGGCGCCACCAAUGUCUUCCACGCCGUCAACAACCUCUUUGAGAACAUGAGCGGCCACGCCUUCGACAUUGAGCCCGCCACCUGGAGCCUCCUCGAGGGCAACGUCUUCAAGGGCGUCAAGCAGCCCGUGACCCCGCAGUCCACGACCCGCGCCAACAGCGUCUACAUCCAGGACAAGGGCACCGCCUGCGUCUCCGCCAUCGGCCGCGCCUGCCAGCCCAACCAGCGCGACAGCACCUCCGGCACCAUCCCCGCCAUCGAGGAGACCGACGCCCUGACCCAGCUGCGCAAGGACGCCGGCGCCAACAUUGCCCCGGCCAAGCCGGCCUCCGGCGUCGAGGCGAGCGUCAAGGCCAACGCCGGUGUCGGAAAGAUCAACGCCGGUGCCACGACGCCCGCUCCGGCGCCCAAGCCCACCACUACCACGGCUGCUGCGCCCAAGCCCACCGCUACGACGCCGUCGACGGGAGGCUCCGGCACCGCCCCUCUCUGGGGCCAGUGCGGCGGUUCCGGCUGGACUGGUGCCACCAAGUGCGCGCAGGGCACCUGCAAGGUGCAGAACCAGUGGUACUCCCAGUGCCUCUGA